AUGGAUUACAAGUUGUUGAACGAGCUGUUUGGUCGCGAGCACAAGUUCGUCACACCCGUCAACAUGGUCCGAUCGAUCGAGAACAUCGAGUUCCUCGACUACGAGGGAUACAACAUGUACGACUGGUUCUUCUCGGAUGUCGCUCUGGCGCACUUCCCCUCACUACUGCAUCUUCAUAUCACUGGACUGGAUCCUGGCAACGAUGCUCAGGUGAUAGAGUACCUCCUCAAUCAUACUCUCUCCAACAAGCUACAAUCGCUGUCAUUGGCAACUAUGGUGGACGCUCAAAACAGAAUGGCUUCGCCUUCUUUGCAGGACAGUGGCUCCUCCUUCUCCUGCUCUGGCAAGUUGCAGAAACUCACCGAUCUGGCACUGCGCGUUUGUGGACCGACUGGACACAUUCUCAACCACUCAACCAUUGUCCAACGCCUCACCUCUCUUGUACUUGGGAGCGACCAAGCUCCAUAUGGGAACACAUACAAGGACCGCUUCUUCAUCGAGGACCCGGACGCAUUCUUUAGCCAUCUCUCGCAGAACAAGGUCUUGCAACGGUUAGACUUGUUCCUUGCCAACCGGAGCGACCGAAACGACUACAAGCCGGCGUUCUUUCGCUUCUUGCGCGACAACAGCUCUUUGCGAUCGCUCUCACUUGGCUUCAUUCGUGAUCGAUCCUAUCUCGACGUCAUUGGAUCAAAGAGCAACCUCCACACUCUCAAGAUCAGCAUGAACGAGACUGUUGUAUUCAACUCUAUCCACACCCUGAGUCUGUCUUCGAGGAGCGACUCCAACCUAUACAGACAGCUCAUUGCCCUCCGAGACUCUUCGUCCCGUCUGACAUCGCUCACACUCGCAUUCCACCAAGCAAAGUUGGAUCAUGCCGACAUCAUUACUCGCCAUCUUCAUCUCCUCCUCAACCGUAUGACAUCGCUCCGCAUUCUCCGACUAGAGGCGGCUUUUGAACUCAUUGGCAGCCUGGGCAACUUGAUACGCGUUCCUCACCUGCAGGAACUACAGAUGGCCUUUAACGUGCCGGCAGACAUUCAGUUUUCACUACUCGAAUCAAUCGGGACACUUACAUGUGAACCCAAGAGGAUCACGUUUGAGGAGAAUGUCCUGGUCUGUUCUCCUCUCGGCAAAUACUACGGCAAGCCCUGCUUCCCUGACAACGACAACUCUGACGGCCGCCCUAGCAUGACCACCUCCCUUAUUGUGACUGGCUCCAAGCCAGUGAUGUCACUGACCUACUUCACCAGGACAUCGGAGCAAGAUCGCACGGAGAGCAACAGCGAAGACAUUCAAGAGGAUUUCUGGAAUGGACAGUAUCGCUUCGAAGUCACUUUGAAUCCCUACGCGCUCGAAUUGGAGUCAUUCACUUAUGAGUACGAAGAGGACGAUUACUACAAUCCUCAAGAGUCCCAUCCCGAGUCAUGA